AUGACAGAGUCCAGCAACACCAAGACCCUUGAGGCCAAGUGCUUCUGUGGAUCUGUCCACUUCAAAGUCGACGUGCCUGUGUCCUCUCUGCCGUUUCUUACCCAUCUCUGCCAUUGCAGCCUUUGCAGAUAUGCCUCAGGAGCACCAUGCAUCUUUCAUGCGGCGCUACCCCCGGACGUCAUCCCCAAGUUCGUGGCACCAUCGUCGGAGAAGAACAUGACGGGUCUCCUCAUCGGAAACGGGAUUGGGACUUGGAACUUUUGUUCAACCUGCGGCUGCCACAUUGCCUGCAUUGCGGUCGACAAGAGGACCUGGACGCCCUCCACCUCCAUCUUUAUCGACGGUUCUGAGUACUUUCACAUCCGCAAGCACAUCUAUAGCAAGUCGACAAAGGAUGGUGGCAUUGCGCAGGCGUUGACGCACACGAGGGGCCAAGAUUUUAUCGACUGGAACCCCCCUGAUGACAGGCCGGAUGCAAAGAUCGUCGAAUCACGCCCCGAGGUUGGUGAGGAUGGAAAGGAACGUCUUCGCGUCGAGUGCGGGUGCAAGGGUGUUUCCUUCACGAUCCCUCGACCAAGCCAGGAGGUUAUCGACGACGAGUACAUGUCCCAGUUCGUAUCUCACAGGGACAAGUCGAAAUGGCAUGCCACGUUUGAUGCGUGUGACGACUGCCGCCUCGUCAAUGGGACUCAUGUCGUGGGAUGGACCUUUAUCCCCCUUUCGGUGUGUGAGCCUCCCAUCAAGGAUGACCUCCUCAUCGGCACGGCAAAGACCUUCAAGUCGUCAGAUGAAGUCUUGAGAUCCUUCUGUGGCACCUGUGGAGCGACAAUUUUCUUCUCCCACAGUGAUCGACGACCGGGAACCAAGCAGCACAUCGUCGACUUGGCGACGGGUAUCCUGAGAGCCCCCGAGGGCGUCAUGGCAGAGAACUGGCUCACUUGGCGAGGAAGGCUGGCAUGGUAUGACAGCGGCAAGAAAUACGAUAAAGAAUUUACAGAGUCGCUGCAGGAGGGAAUGAACAAGAUGGUGUUGGAUAGACACGGCGUGGUUGAUGAUUACAGUAUCGGUUGA